GUGCAGGAGGCAGCCGAUCAAUGCUGUGCUCUCACAUCAAUGUUUCUCUAUCUCCCUCUUUCUCUAAAAUCAAUAAAAACACAUUUAAAAUAAAUCAGAGGACAGAAUCCUAAGGUACACCCACCCACACUUACAGGGUGGGAGCAGGACAAGAUGAGAAGGGAAGUAGGGGAGGGUUCAUUCUGUGGAAGAAAGGGGGAGUUUAAGAAGAGAGUGGGUGACAGUGGCAAAUGCCCCGACACUCAAGCAGGAUAGGGUCUGGGUGCCCAUUCAGUUGUAACUGAUAAGUCAUUGAUGCAUUGUUGAGAGCAAUUGCAGUGGGACGGGCAGCAGCUGAUUUGUAAAGAUUUGGAGUAUAACUUCAAGGUAGAAAUUGCGCAAAAAAAUAAAAAUGAAAAGGAAAAAAGUAUAAUCUCCCCUUGCAAGAAACUAGGCUAUAAAAGAAGAGAGAACAUAAGGAGUCUUGAAUGGCUGUUUCUUUGAUUGUUGGGAUAACACUCUCGAAAGGUCUCAUUGUUAAUGUAUUUUUCCACUUGUGGAGUGGAACAUUCUCAGACUCUCUGAUUCGUUAAUUUUCUUGGAGUGGCACUUCUUGCUUUUUGUUCAUGAUUUAACCACUAUAAAAACGCCCAGUUAUAGCUUGCUGCAGGAACAUAAGUUCUGCUCUUAUCAUGGAGUAAUUCUUAAAGCCAUUACCUUGGAAGUUGUUUGAUACAUUAAAAAAUACCAACCCUCAACAAAGAGUUGAGAAAUGGAAAUACUACAGAAAUUUGGCUUGUUCACAAGAAAGUAAAUGAUAAUGAGAAUACAUGAUUUUAUAAGCUGAGGUUAUGCUGGAUUGCAAAUGACUUUGUGAAAAAUUUCCCCUCUUCAUUGUCUUUGAGUUGUGGGCUAAAAAGUGAGAAUGCUUGUAGGUAUUGUGUGUCCUGGAAUUGCAGUGAAUUGGAGUUGGUGUUAGAACAAAUAAAUCCCAAACAACUUGUGAUUUAGUUUUAUAGGCACACAUUUAUAAAUUGGGUUUAGGCAGUAAUUCCAGGAAAGCAUACACAGGAGAACUGUUUGCUGUAUAUUCAUUUAUUCCACAAAGAUUUAGUGAGUCCCCAUGUGUUCAGGCCUCUGCUAGAUCCUGCAGGAAGGGAGAGAAGAGGGUUUAAAUGAUGCUGCUCAGACCUGGCAGGAGGGAAGGUGUCCCCUCACAGGGACGGCUGAUGGGUCAGAGAAGGAAUAGGGCCUUCUGAUGGGCGAUCAGGGGAGGCUCCUUAGAAGAGGGCAUUUGAGUUGUUUGCUGAGAGACAUCUGUUUGUGCUUUUUUGCCUGGUCUGUUUUAUGUAACACCCUUGACAACUCUCUUAAAACCUCAUUUGAUUUUCCAGUGCUCUAUUAUCUACCCCCAACCCCUAUCCCUGUAUUCCCUGUCAGAAGGUUUUAUGAUUCCUGUAUCUCCUAGGUCCUCUGUUCGUUCAUUCUUUUUUCUUCUCCCUCAGAGAGAUUAUUUAUGUCUGCAGUUGUAAAUAUUCGCCUGGACAGAUAACUCUAAAUCCAGAGCUUGAGCCCCAGCUGUCUCAGAUCCUCCAUCCUACAUUUCCAACUCGUCUCACAGGCAGUUCACGUUGCACUUGUCUGAGUCUGAACUGUCCCCCACAAUGCACAGCCUCAUUCCGUUCCUCCCACCCUUCCCUCCCUCCCUUUCUUUCCUUUUCUUCCCCCAAGACUAUUGAGCACCCACUAUGUGCUAGUUUUCUUCUGGUUCCUCAGGCUGAGAAUCCCUGAGUCAUUUUUAUGUCUCUUUUACCACUUGUGUCCAAAUAAUCAUUUUAUUUCUCCUCAUUCUUUCCAGUAUGCCUUAAAGUCUUGUUAGUUCUACUCGUGCCCAUUAUCUGUAUGUUUGGAUCACUGCAGUGGUCUUCUGAAUGUUGACCACCUUCUUCUUCCUCCAUCAUCAGCAUCACCAUUGCUUAUUAAGUGUCUACUAUGUUCAGAAUGUUACUAGGAUGCCCUGUUCUAUAGAUUGAACAGUCAAAUAGUGGGGGAGAAACACAGACUGAAAUGAUAAAGGAGCCCAUCAUCAACUCCAAGGUGAGAAGCCCAGUGGAUUGUGGUGGUAAGUCAGCAGGCAGAGUGAGUGAGUUUGGGGGUAGCUGGAGGAAGGAGAACUCAUGGUCUGGGAAGAUGAGUACUUAGGCAUUUGGAGAAGGGAUUAUUGUUUUUUGGCAGAUGGUGGCCCUGUGGUAAAUGUGAGGGGUAGACGUCCACCUGGUGUGGUAGGAGACCUGUGAGUUGAACAGUUCCCUUGUAGACAGUGAUGGGCCUAGUAUGCCAACAGGAGAUAUCUGAACUUUGUUGUAUGGAAAUGAUGGUAUAGGAAGGAAACUGACACAAUUGGGGAGGCGGUGAUGUAUGAAAAACGCUGUUUUAAGGAAAAUCUGGAGGUGUUAUGUGGGAUGUCUUCGAGGGAAAGGAAGACCAGUAAGGAGACCUUGAAGUCUGCUGUCACAUUUUGUUUCUUUUUUCAAAUUCAUUCAAACAUGGGGGCUGCCAAUACACUUCUAAGUCACAUCUCUGAUCAUAUCACCCUCUCCUGCUCAAAUACCCUUGGUGGUUCCCUGUGCCUUGAACAGUGGUUCUUUCCCUCCCAGAAUGAUCUCCCUCUUCCCCUUUAGGAACCAAACGUUGGCUUUCACAAAAGUGCUUCAUUUUCUGCAUUGCUUGGGGAAUUCCAAUAAUUGAAAUUUCAUGCAGCCUUCAGCAGACUCAUAAUACCCUUCUUGGCUCUCUCUCAGCUGAAAGUGCUCUCACCACCCUCCCCCAAACUUCCCUAAUAUUUCCUGUCUGUAUUGUUCAUUUGGAUUAGUCGGUAAUUGACAUGACUUCUUCUUCCAUAGCUGCUGAAGUUGUUGAUUAGUGUGCGUAUUGUUGUUUAGGUUUGUUUUGUCUCUCCUGUAGCCUUCUUACAGACUGGCACUGUGCUUGAUACUUUUGUAAGUGGCUACCGCAUCUAGUACUGCUCCGCAUUCAUGGUAUUUUGAACAUGAUAAUAUUCGCUGACUUUUGAUUUUAUUUUAAGCUGCCAAACAACCAGGCAGAUCAUGCAAGAUGCUCGGGACCCAGAGGGACACCACAUUUAGAGAUCCCAGCUUUCACCAGGAUGAUUCCACAUAGGUCUCUCCAUAUUAUUUUGACAUCUCAACAUCAAUGUACAGCCCUUUCCAGCAGGACACCACUAGGCAAUCGUGAGUCCCUCUCCCAUCAGCACAGGACUGUCUUCCACCAAGUCAUUGUAACUGUAACAUCUUGGAGCUCGCUUCCCCCACCUUCAUCUUGGCACUACCCAGAUCUGCCCACCCCGGGGUCUCUCUCCCUUGCCUCCAGCUGGGUGCUCGCCCGCCUUGUCAUGCCUCAGUUUUUGGAAGAGCCUGACUCUGUUGUUCCCGACCGACAGGAAGUACAGGACCGGGUUAAGGCAGCUGCUCAUGCUCACCAGAGGCCUCCACACCUUGUAGGCCAUGCUGCCCACCGUCAGCAGCUGGCAGUCCUGGGAAGCCAGGAAGCGGAGUGUGAUGUAGAAGGAGCGAGAGACGUGGAAGGGCACAAAGCAGAGGGCGAAGAGGCUGCACACCAGCAGGAUGGUCCGGAUGGACUUGGCCCGGGUGGUGUUCCCCGCCCUCUCGAGGGUCUCCUCCGGCGUGGCCAGGCUCCGGACCAUCAGCGAGUAGCACACCAAGAUGACCAAGGAGGGCAUGACAAAGCCGGACAACGUCAGAACCAUACUGUAGGCAAAAAACCGAUCGAAGUUCUCCGGACUGGUCAUGUCGUAGCAGACCAUCUGGCCGCCGAUGUAGGCCGUGUGGGCGAAGCCCAGUGUGGGCAGCAGCUGGAGGACCACCAGGGCCCAGGUGGCAGCUACACCCAGCAGGGCGUGCCGGCGGGUCCGGUAAGGCAGCGACCUCAGGGGGUGGCACACGCCCAGGAAGCGGUGCACGGAGAUGCAGGUCAGUAGCAGGAUGCUGCCGUAGAGGUUGGUGUAGAACAGGAAGCGCACCAGCCUGCAGAGCAGUUCCCCAAAGGGCCACCAGUCGCCCAGGGAGUAGGCGACGAUGAGGAAGGGCAGCGUCAGCACGUACAGCAGGUCGGCCACCAUCAGGUUCACCAGGUAGAUGGUGGCACAGCUCCAGCGCUUGGUUUGGCGCCAGGAGAGCCACAGGACGCUGCCGUUCAGGGGCAGCCCUAGCAGGAAGAUGAUGCUGUAGGUCAGGGGGAGGUAGAUUUGCUUGUAGUCCUCCGAGAGCUGGCAGAGUCCCUGUUCCUCUGAGGCAUUCGUAUCCAGCUUCUCCAUCUCCUGGGAGGCUCCUUCUGGGAGCCCAGCUGCUCCUGCUGCUCCUGCUGCCCCUGGGGGGAAGCAAAAGGGACCACAGCCCUAGCCAGUUUAGCUCAGUGGAUAGAGCAUCGACCCGUGGACCAAAGUGUCCUGGGGUUCAAUUCCGGUCAAGGGCAUGUACCUUGGUUGCAGGCUCCUCCCUGACCCGGGGCCCUAGUUAGGGCUCGCACAGGAGGCAACGAAUCCAUGUGUUUCUCUCACAUAAAUGUUUCUCUCUGUCUCUCCUCUCUUCUACUCUCCCUAAAAAUCAAUGGGAAAAUAUCUUCGGGUGAGGAUUAACAACAACAAAAAAGGGGCCUAGCUGGUUUGGUUCAGUGGAUAGAGUAUCGGCCUGCGAACUGAAAGGUCCCAGGUUCGAUUCUGGUCAAGAUUGUGGGCUCGACCCUUAGUGGAGGACUUGCAGGAGGCAGCCGAUCAGUGAUUCUCUCAUCAUGGAUGUUUCCAUCUCUCUCUCCCUCUUCCUUCCUCUCUGAAAUCAAUAAAAAUACAUAUAUUUUAAAAAAGAUGGAUUUAAAAAAAAGGGGAGGGGGGGGCUGCAGAGCAUCAUGACCUUGGCUGGAUCAGCCUCUACCUGGAUCUGGCAGCUCUGUACCAUACGUGUGGUUCCACUCCAAAGUGUGGUCAGAGUCCUAGUUUGAG